GAUAAAGACUUUAUUAAUCACUCAGGGAGGAAAUUCACGUGAUAGAACAGCUUAAGAGUCAUAGGCAGAGGGAAAAGAACAGCGACUGAGCGCUAGAUGACAUUUAGAAAAGCAAAACAAUGCAAGAAUAGAAUAAAAUAAAAUAAAGGAAAAGUGAAAAAUAAGACUAUGUACACUGUUUGCAUUUUAUUACAGAUAUGACCAACAGGACAACUGCACAUGAUAGUAAUUGCGCCCAUAGCUGUAAUACACACAUGGUGCUUUAGAAAUAUACAUGGAAAUAAAUGAAAUAAUUGCCUGGAGACAUUCAGAUUGCACAGGAAAUAUGAUGGUUUAUAUGUGUUUCUAUUGUUUUUUGUUUUGUUUUGUUUUGUUUUGUUUUGUUUUGUUUUGUUUAAAUAUGAGUAUAAAGGGAAAAUCCACCCAAAAAAACAGAAUUCAUGUCGUAACAUAGGACAGGUUUUUAUCUGCAUUGACACCUUUAUUUUACAAUCAAAUGUACAAUUAAAACCACAAUCACACAAGUGGGAAAAGGCAUCAGCAACAACAUAAAAAGACACGACAUGCAAAUCAGACAUUACAAUAAAUAAAACAGUGAAAUGGAAAGUGCUGUGAAGUUCGCCCCAACAGGUGAGCCACUGAUAACAGGUCGGUCGUAUGUUGUCUUGAGAAAUCCAACACAUGAUCAGGAAAAUCCAAAUCUGCUGCUGGUGUGACGGUGGCAUGACCAGGUUAAUUCUCAACACACAAACAUCCCUCCUAACCCCGACUAAAUAUGUUUAUUGUUCACCACACUCACGGGGAGUAAAGGGUCAUCCAGCUGGCCUCGGGAUUAUCACCGGCCACCCCUGCUCGCCGGGACUAUAAAUACUGAGCGUGCGCCUUUCUCCGCUCAGUCCAUCCUGUUAACGCACGCGUCAGACUUCCAGAGACACUCGCGAGUGCAAAAGAAAGCCAGAGAGUCAAAUCUCAGCGUCUUUGCUUUACUUUAAAAAUCCUAAGGGCGGAAAGAGAAGACCAUGUCGGUUGUGAGCGCAGUGUCGUUCAUGAGGCCGCUCCACAUGCGCUCUCCGGGGCCGCGGGGCCGCCGCCACACGCUGCCGGCCAGCGAGUUCCGCUCCCUCAGCCCGGAGGAUGCCAUCAGUGUGUUCGAGAUCGAGAGAGAAGCCUUCAUCUCAGUGUCCGGCGAGUGUCCCCUCCACCUGGACGAGGUGCGUCACUUCCUCACCCUGUGCCCUGAGCUGUCUCUUGGCUGGUUCGAGGAGGGACGUCUGGUGGCUUUCAUCAUCGGUUCACUCUGGGACCAGGAGAGGCUUACCGCGGAUGCCCUGACGCUCCACAAGCCUCACGGUACCACCGUCCACAUCCAUGUCCUAGCCGUCCACAGGACCUUUCGCCAACAGGGCAAAGGCUCCAUCCUGAUGUGGCGCUAUCUGCAGUACCUCCGCUGCCUGCCCUACAUCCGCCGCGCUGUGCUCAUGUGUGAAGACUUCCUGGUCCCCUUCUACCAGAAAUCGGGCUUCAAGGUGCAGGGCCCCAGUGACAUCACGGUGGGGCCCCUCACCUUCAUCGAGAUGCUCUACCCGGUCAGGGGCCACGCCUUCAUGCGUAGGAACAGCGGCUGUUGAGGAGCGUUGAGGGACUUUCUGCAUAUUUUCUCUGGCUGGGGGAUGCUCUCCCCUUGGAGUCAGGACGAGGGGACAUCUGAGCAGCUUCGUUGUACGCGAGUGUCCAGCCGAGUGUUUGUGAUCAUCACUGCGAGUGCUCAGCAGACAGUGAGGUGUGUGUGAGCAGGGAGCAAAGAUGCCAUCCAGUGGCCAACAACAGCUGUUUGGAACAGUGGUCAGAAAAUACAAAUACAUUGAUCUGUAGUUUAUCUGGAAAACUGGAUCUUUGAAAGAGUCCUGAAAGAAUGUCAGAUUUUGUUGUUGUUGUAUAAAGCCAUUUUAUUCUUAUUUUGAUAUAUUUAUUAUGCAAUAGAACACAGCUGCCUUGUUUCUUUCUUUCCCCCCUUAUUUACAUUUAUUUAAUGAGUCUAACAUGAUGUUCGGCUCUGUAUGAAGCCUCUUCUCAUAAUGAAUGUAUAUCCUGUAUAGUAUUGUGUAAACUGAAUGCCUUUCACAGCAGCAGUAGAUUACUGGUUAUGUUCCAUUUUGUAUAACUAUGACAGUAUCAAAUCUAUAAAGUAAUAUUCCAAAGUAAACAGUUAAAGGUGCAAUAAACAAGAACGUCAGUUAAAACCAUUCAAAAAUUAACAACAAUUAUAUCAAAAGAAUGAGUAAAUAGCAUUUUGUUGUGUCAAAUACAUCUGUGUAUUGUGUUGCAGAUACCUAUUGUAUUAGCAUGCUAACCAGCUAGCCCCGAACAGGUGAUAGUAUGAUAGCAAACAACGGCAACGUUCUCCCUGGAGCACAGUUAGCAGCAGUUAGCGGUUAUGCUAGUGAUAUGCUACCCCCUAUUUGUUUGGAGUACGGACUUGACAGGAGGCCAGUUCUUAUAUAACCUUCAAUCACUAUGGAAUUAAAUCACAAAGGGAGGGUAAUCAGCAAUCAAAGGUCAGAUAAUGUACAUGCACAGUCUGUUGAACGGUCCAGUCAGUCUCAACACUGUUACACAAGUAUUCUUAACAUGUUCUGAACAUCUGUGAGGUGUGUACAGUAUGUGACAUAUAUUCAGAGGAUAAAAUAUAGCAUUUCCUAGAAAA